AUGGACAUUCUCUGUACCACUUUGCUCUAUGCCCCAACUGAAGUUUACAAGGAAGCCAGAGAAGCUUAUGUUACUUACAGUAAUAAUGACGAAGGAUAUGGUACCACUUAUGGAGCCACUGGACCAAACUUCGAUUUCAAAUUCAACAAUUUGAUGUUUAGUGUCCCAUUCAAGGAUUUGUUAUUCCUUUUGAGGGACAGUGGAAGCAUGGGGGCCGAUAAUAAAUGUAUGAUCGUGUUGCAAAAUGCCGGUUCCUCAACAUACAUUUUGGGUGAUGUUUUCUUGAGAUCUGCUUAUCUCGUGUAG